GAAUGUAUGACAACAUGACCACAAUGGUGUAUAUAAAGGAAGACAAGUUGGAGAAGCUUACGCAGGAUGAAAUUAUCUCUAAGACAAAGCAAGUAAUUCAGGGGCUGGAAGCUCUGAAGAAUGAGCACAAUUCCAUUUUACAGAGUUUGCUGGAGACGCUGAAGUGUUUGAAGAAAGAUGACGAAAGUAACCUGGUGGAGGAGAAAUCAAACAUGAUCCGGAAGUCACUGGAGAUGCUGGAGCUGGGCCUGAGUGAGGCACAGGUUAUGAUGGCUUUGUCAAAUCACCUGAAUGCCGUUGAGUCAGAGAAACAGAAAUUGCGUGCACAGGUUCGUCGUCUGUGCCAGGAGAAUCAGUGGCUGCGGGAUGAACUGGCCAACACACAGCAGAAGUUACAGAAGAGUGAGCAGUCUGUGGCUCAACUGGAAGAAGAGAAGAAGCAUCUCGAAUUCAUGAAUCAGCUAAAAAAAUACGAUGAUGACAUUUCCCCAUCUGAGGACAAAGACACUGAUUCUACCAAAGAGCCUCUAGAUGACCUGUUCCCCAACGAUGAAGACGACCCAGGCCAUGGCAUCCAGCAGCAGCACAGCAGCGCGGCCGCGGCUGCCCAGCAGGGUGGCUACGAGAUCCCCGCACGCCUACGCACGCUCCACAACCUGGUGAUCCAGUACGCCUCGCAGGGGCGCUACGAGGUGGCUGUGCCCCUCUGCAAGCAGGCCCUGGAGGACCUGGAGAAGACCUCGGGACACGACCACCCGGAUGUGGCCACCAUGCUCAACAUCCUGGCCUUGGUGUACAGAGAUCAGAAUAAAUACAAAGACGCAGCUAAUCUACUGAAUGAUGCCUUGGCUAUCCGUGAAAAAACUUUGGGCAAAGACCAUCCCGCGGUGGCAGCAACUUUGAAUAACCUUGCAGUCCUUUAUGGUAAAAGAGGGAAGUACAAAGAAGCCGAGCCGUUGUGUAAGAGAGCUCUGGAGAUCAGAGAAAAGGUUUUGGGAAAGGAUCACCCUGAUGUUGCCAAGCAGUUAAAUAACUUGGCUUUACUGUGCCAGAACCAGGGCAAGUAUGAAGAAGUAGAAUAUUAUUAUCAAAGAGCUCUCGAGAUCUACCAGACAAAACUGGGACCUGAUGACCCCAAUGUGGCCAAGACGAAAAAUAACCUGGCAUCCUGCUAUCUGAAACAAGGAAAGUUCAAGCAAGCAGAGACUCUGUACAAAGAGAUUCUCACUCGUGCACAUGAAAGGGAGUUUGGUUCUGUAGAUGACGAAAAUAAACCUAUUUGGAUGCAUGCUGAAGAAAGAGAAGAGUGCAAAGGGAAGCAGAAGGAUGGGACAUCUUUUGGAGAGUAUGGUGGCUGGUACAAAGCCUGCAAAGUUGAUAGUCCAACAGUUACAACUACUUUAAAAAACCUUGGGGCACUUUACAGACGCCAAGGCAAGUUUGAGGCUGCAGAAACAUUAGAAGAAGCUGCCAUGAGGUCACGUAAGCAGGGUCUUGACAAUGUUCACAAACAGAGAGUGGCUGAAGUGCUCAAUGACCCUGAGAGCCUGGAGAAGCGGAGAAGCCGGGAGAGCCUCAACGUGGAUGUGGUCAAGUACGAGAGCGGCCCUGACGGGGGCGAGGAAGUGAGUAUGAGCGUAGAGUGGAACGGGGAUGGAACUGGAUCUUUAAAACGCAGUGGUUCCUUUAUCAAACUCCGGGCUUCCAUUAGACGCAGCAGUGAGAAGCUGGUUAGGAAGCUGAAGGGAGGAAGUUCACGAGAGAGUGAACCAAAGAACCCCGGCAUGAAGCGCGCCAGCUCUCUGAAUGUCCUUAACGUGGGCGGCCAGGCUGCUGAAGACCAUUGCCAAGAACGAAAUAAUUGUCUAGCAGACUCAAGAGCUCUGAGUGCCAGCCACACUGACCUGGCCCACUAAGGGUCAGGCAGAGCUAGAUAAAACCCCUGAGACUAAUGGAGCACUGAGACCCUCCAAGUCCCCCUCCCCACACCCUCUCCCCCGUCCUGCCUGGGAGGCACUAGGUCACAGCCCUUGGUGGUGGCCAGGCUUCCUUUCCUAGGUAGUGAUGUCCACCUGCCUCUGGAGGUGUGCCUUUUAAAAAGACCCAGCAGCCGUGCCCCAGAAUUCUGCUGAGCUGUCUGCAGUCCUGGCGCUGAGAGGCUGAAACACGUGUGAGACCUGGCGGCGUGGCCCAGGGGGGCAGAGGUGGUGCCCACGUCGGCUUCAGCAUGUUCGGAUGCUCACGCUGCUCAUGGACAGUCGCACUUUCUGCCUGCCAUCUUUUUGCCGUGACACCAAAAUCCAUUUUAAAUUUUAGUAUUGUAAUAAGGCUGUAAGUUAAGACUCUGGAAACUUAAACUACAUCCUUUUAGUGAUAAGCAUUUAGUGAUCGGUGGCGGUAAAGCCUGAAUUUAGAGGAAAGUGGGUGAUGAGAAAUGGGGAGAAGUGAGUAACCUCCCGGUAGGGGCUUCACUUCCUCUGGGUCUGUUUCUGAAGUCUGGGCACGGGAGCUUGGCCUGCGGCUCUGCUGGGUGCCUCUGGGGUCCUACGCCCACCCCCUUUGAGUGAGUUUUCUCUCUCCUGGUGGCCACUGUACACUAAGCACAUAGAGAUGUGUGGGGUUUUUUUUUUUUAAAGUUGAACUUUUUCAAACCAACCCUGAGGCAUUAUUUUUUAAGGUAAUCUGUAAGACUAAGCAGUAGGUAGGAGAAUACAAAACAAACGACAAGGUACAUGGUGAUCCCAGAUCACAGCAGCUCUGAAAGGACCACAUCUACACCAUAAGUGGGGCACCAAGGUGCAUCCUUUGGGCCUGAAAGGGGAUCUGAAGUCUUAGCUUUAAUUAGUCUGUAGAAAACUGACCAUUCUUGUGUAAUGUCAGGUUUUGAUUGUAAUUUAUUUUAAUUGGGCAAUGUAGGCGGUGUCACAGCAAGGGCACUUGUUUUCAUUUGCUUCCAGCUAUCUUGCAGCUUUUGCUUGUGAGUGGCGCUGGCCAAGGGGCCACGGCUGCCCCUGCCUGGUGUUCCAGGCCAAGCGGAGACCUGGGCUGAGGGCAUGAGAUGGCAGUGGCCAGGGCUUGUCGCAGUGAGGCUAGACUUGAAAAUACCUUUAGAAGUUUCAUACUGUUGAAUAUUGUCUCACGUCACAGACUGCUGUGUUUGUGGAAAGGCAUUUGUCCCCUUUGAGAUAGUCACCAGCGAGUGCCUGGCCUCACGGCUGCCCCACGGAGCUGUCUCCGUCUCCUGAGCGGUCACCUUGUCCCUACUCCUUUUCUGAGCCUCCUGACUCCAGUUAAAAUUUGCAGCUUCUGAUGGUCAGGAACUUAUUUCCAAAUGCCACCUAGGGGUGUUUGAAAAAAUUCAGUAAGUUGUGAGAAGCCACCGCCCGACAAAAAUCCACCCAAGAAACAAGGGUAGAGCCAUGUUCUUUAGAGAUCACAUUGCAGGAGCUCUGGGCAAUGUGACGUGGCCACUCGCACCUUGCCGUGUCCGUUUGGCACCUCAUACGUGGAGAGGGACCGAGGAGCUGCCCAGUCUCCCUCCCUCCACUGCAGCUGGAGUUUCUUCUCUCCUCUGGGAAGUGGAGGCAGUGUGUUUGAAACCCGGACGGUUUCCCGUAGUGACAGUUCUCUUUGGAAAGACAAAGGGCAUUUAAGAAAGAAUAACCAUGGGGCUGAAUGUGGGAUUGAAUUUCAGCUCCCAGACUGAUGGGGACAGACAGGGCUGUGCCGGUGGCCACUGUUGAACUGGGCCUGGCUUCGAGCCCGCGGGCCUGGUGCUGCUGAGGUUGUGGUUGUUGGGGUAAGAGAACGAGAGGCCUGCAUGAAGCCAGGCCGUGUAGGAAACUUCGUGUUUCUGAGAGGGAGAGCUCACUGGGCAUCGGCAGCUUCUGGUCUGUGAACUUGCGUAAGAAUGUAAACCAAGCAGCCCGUCACCUGCUUCCAGCAGGGUGGUCUGAAUUGAACAUUCUGAAGAGAGAAGCAGUGGGCCUGGCUGGCCACCCUCUUCUCAGCACUUUCCUUCUAGAAGGGAGACCCCAAGUGAGAGCCAGUGCUUGUUUCUUCCUGGUUUCUGUCAAACGUAACUUAAAAUUUAGUUGCCCUGACCAGUGGCGGACAGGCAGUUGAGAGCUGGCAUCGCUCCCUGCAGCAGCAGUGCCCAUCUCCAGUGACUGUUCCACAGGAAAGUCCAUGUCCGAGGCUGGAUGUCACAGGAAAGCUUGUGGGUCAUGGGUGCAGCUGAGGCAGAAGCCAGGCCUCCAGGGAGGUCCGGGACACGCCCCAGGGAGGUGCUCAUUCCCUGGUGUUUACAGCACUGCAGGGUCGGUCAGCUGUCUCCUGGGAGCUGAGAGUUCCCGCCAUGUGUUUGCUCAGAAAGCCGCCAGGAGUGUGAUGUGGUUAGAAAUUCACUGUGUUAAAUAUUGCUAAGGAUACAUGUUUACAGUUUAUAGAGCAGAUUUUCCAUUGUCAUAACUUCAUGGAAUUCCACUGGAAGGCACGUUUCAUAUAUGAAACUAGUAUCUGCUACAUCUGCACUUAAUUUUGAGCACUGUGUAAUCAGAUUUGCAAAAACUGGGACUGGCACUUAAUAGCACUGACCAAAGGCAGGGCUAAGCCAGCUCCCAGGUCUUGCUGGGGUGGACAACACCGUGCAGAGAACUGGGCCAGCAGUCUUAGGGCCCAGACACAGAGACAUGUGUUUUGUUUACAGUUAGUUCCCCAACAUUGUGGGGAAGACCUUAAGUGUUUUAAAGUAUUUUAUAAAACGGUGAGGAAGUAACCUUUAGGGGUUGCAGAUCUGCGAGGGCUCCGUAAUUAGUCCCUGCGGGAGGGUCUUCAGUGAGAGGCUGAGGCCCCAGGCAGGGUCAGGGGCUCCCCGGGGAUGGGCUGUGUACCUACUCGAGGUUCCUCCUGCUCUGGCUCCUAAGGGAGUGGUCAGUGGUCCUGGGACAGCCUGGAGGGUGGCCCCUCCUUGGGCACGUGGGCUCUGUGGUGGGGGGCACCUCGGGAUGGGUGAGGCGGGCUGAGCUCACGGGGGGUGGUCCCGCCUGUGUGUCUUCUGUUAUGUGCGCCUCCACCUUGGAGCUAUAGUUGUAUUUUCUAAUUGUUGGUUUGACUUGUCUAGAAAAUCAUGUGGAAUUGUUUAUAUUUAAUCACAAAAAUAAAAUAUUUUAUUUCCUGUUGUAAA